CGGGGAGGCGAAGGGGAGGAGAGAGCCGUGGAGGUCUCGGUAUAGCCACCUAGAGAAGAUGACAGAUUUGGUGGCUGUUUGGGAAGUAGCUUUAAGUGACGGCAUUCAUAAGAUUGAAUUUGAACAUGGGACCACUUCAGGAAAACGUGUUGUCUACGUUGAUGGAAAGGAGGAAAUAAGAAAAGAAUGGAUGUUUAAAUUAGUGGGUAAGGAAACAUUCACCGUUGGAGCAGCCAAAACAAGAGCUGCUAUUAACAUUGAUGCAGUCAGUGGCUUUGCAUAUGAAUAUACUUUGGAGAUCAAUGGAAAGAGCCUCAAGAAGCAUAUGGAGAACAGAUCAAAAACAACCAAUACUUGGGUACUGAGCUUGGGUGGUACAGACUAUAGAGUUGUUCUAGAAAAGGACACUAUGGAUGUGUGGUGCAACGGUCAAAAAUUGGAAACAGCGGGUGAAUUUGUAGAAGAUGGGACUGAAACUCACUUCAGUGUUGGUGAUCACAGCUGUUACAUUAAGGCUGUCAGUAGUGGAAAACGAAAGGAAGGAAUCAUUCAUACCCUUAUUGUGGAUGACAGAGAAAUCCCAGAAGCUGUGGAGUAGCCUCUAGUUAGCCAACACCUGUAGGACUAAGAUCAGGAAUUUUCA